CCGGGCCGGGCGCGCUGCGGGGUUUGCCCUGCGCACCGCUCUCCCCUGUGCUGUACGCAGAAUCGCCUGUGGAAAAGCGCCGCCGGGGCCGCCGACCGCCGCCAUGCCGAUCGUAGAGAAGCUGAGGGAGGCGCUGAAGCCGGGGCGGCCGGAGGCGGGCGAGGCUGGGGAGCUGGGCCGGUUGCUGGCCGCCUCCGCCAAGAAGGUGCUGCUGCAGAAGAUCGAGUUCGAGCCCGCCAGCCGCGGCCUCUCCUGCGAGCUCCAGCAGCUCCGCGGCAAGUAUGUGCUGCUUAACCCCCGAUCCGAGGCUGCCAGCCACCACCGUGGUCCUGAGGAGGAGACACCUGGCGGUGACCAUACAGUGAGAGAAAGGGGGGACGGGGUCCCUGCACCCCAGAAGGUGCUUUUCCCCGUGGAGCGCCUCUCCAUGAAGUGGGAGCGGAUCUACCGGGUCGGUGCUGGGCUGCACAACCUCGGGAACACCUGCUUCCUCAACUCCACCGUGCAGUGCCUCACCUACACACCACCGCUUGCCAACUACCUGCUGUCCAAGGAGCACAGCCGCAGCUGUCACCACGGAGGCUUUUGCAUGAUGUGUAUUAUGCAGAACCACACGAUCCAGGCUUUUGCCAACAGCGGAAAUGCGAUAAAGCCAUUGUCCUUCAUCCGAGACCUCAAGAAGAUUGCCCACAACAUCCACUUUGGGAGGCAGGAGGAUGCUCACGAGUUCCUGCGUUACACCAUCGAUGCCAUGCAGAAGGCCUGCUUGAAUGGCUGUACCAGGUUGGAUCGGCAGACCCAGGCCACGACACUGGUUCACCAGAUCUUUGGAGGUUACCUGCGGUCCCGUGUGAAGUGUUCAGUAUGCAAGAACGUCUCGGACACCUACGACCCUUACCUGGACCUGGCACUGGAGAUUGGGCAAGCUGCAAACAUCGUGCGGGCGCUGGAGCUGUUUGUGAGGCCAGACCUGCUGGGUGGGGAGAACGCCUACAUGUGUGCCAAAUGCAAAAAGAAAGUGCCAGCCAGCAAACGCUUCACCAUCCACCGAGCCUCCAACGUCCUCACCCUGUCGCUGAAGCGCUUUGCUGACUUUGGGAGACGUAAAAUCACAAAGGACGUGGGGUACCCUGAGCUACUGAACAUCCGCCCUUACAUGUCUCAGAAGAACGGGGAUCCCAUCAUGUACGCACUCUACGCGGUGCUGGUGCACUCUGGCUUCAGCUGCCAUGCAGGCCACUACUACUGCUAUGUAAAGGCCAGCAAUGGGCAGUGGUAUCAAAUGAAUGAUGACUUGGUCCGUUCCAGCAACAUCAAAGUGGUCCUCAACCAGCAGGCCUAUGUGCUGUUCUACCUGAGAAUCCCCAGCCCCAGGAAGAGCUCAGAGGGGAUCACUGCUAAAGCUGCCUCCAGCCUGCCUGGCCGCACUGGCAGCUUCUCCAGUGAGGUCAAGAAAACUGUGACCAAUGGGCCACUGUCUUCACCUCUGAUGGGCCGGAGACCAGACACAGUGCCAGGGAAGAAGCUGCCAGGGCCAGAGGAGAUUGGAGUCCCUGUGGCCCGCAGCACUUCUGGGACAGGGCCGAAGCUGCUGAAUGGAACUGCUCCCCCCAAGCUGCCAGCUGGGUCUCUGUCACCCAAGCUGCCCCUCAAAGCCACCUGUACAGCCACAGCUGUGCCUGAUGAUACAGCCCAGAGGCUCAAGAAGUCGUUCUCCUUCCUGCAGCGGCCUCCCACUCCCAGAGCAGUUCAGGAUUUUUGUGACACAAGCAACUCAACUGGAGUUAAAGCAGAGCUGCCCCGGCAGAGCUCCUGGGAGAGCAAGCAGUCGCCUACCUCAUCCAAGCUGCUGCUGAGCAAUGGGGACAACACUGGGACCCUGGAGAGGGACGCCAGUGGCAGCAGCGCUGCCAGCCCAGCGCACAGCAUGGGGAAGCUGGCCAAGGUGUCCCAAAAGGCCAAGAAUGGAACCGGCAGCUUGUGCAGCUCUCAGGAAACAGACUGUGGCACAGACCUCCCUGCUGGCCCCAGUGAUGAGCUGGCUGCCCCCAAAGACUCCAAGCUGGUGAAACUGAAAACCUCCUUGCUGGCCAGCACUGCUCUGGAGCUGAGCAACACCAUGUCACCACCACCAGCCAAGAAAUUGGUGCUCUCUGCCAAAAAGGGCAGCACCCUGGGGAAGGCGAGCGGAAGUGACCGCCACACACAACUUCACCCACAAUUUGCUGAGCACACCACCCACCCUGUCUCUACUCCCCAGCCUUUCAGCAGGUCGAGGCUGUCCUCGUCUGCCCUCAAACUCCCAAAUCCUGAAAAGCCUGCCUUUAGCUCCAUUCUCAACUCAGACCUUCAGCUUCCAGCCUCCUCCCUGGCCAAUGGUUCUACUGCCCACCCUUCACGUCACCUUCCUUCCUGCAGUAGGGAGAAGGGGUCCAGCCACAUCACCCCUGGUUCCUCUAAAAAGAAGCGGCGAAAACAGCACCAUGGAGCAGAGGGCAGUCCUUGUGCUUCACCUGCAGAGGGCAAGGAUGAAACCCCCAAACCCCCCAGGAAGAAGAAAAAACUCUCUCAGGAGGGCUCUGUGUCCCUCAUGGAGAAGGAGGUGGAAGGCAGGGGUGCCCAGGAGGCACCAAGCUGUGAGGACAUGGAGAGCAGGCCUAAGAAGCACGUGUCAGACCCCAUGAAGCCUGUUUUCCACCUCAAGAAGAAGAAGAAAAAGAGAAGAAUGGAGGAGACAGAAAAAUGCUGCUCUGGGACUCUGUCCUCGGGCAGCUCUAGGGCAGUUGAGCUUGAGUUCUGGAGGACAAAGCAGCGGCAAAGUGUGGAGCCUGGGACUGGGGAGAGUGAGCACCGCAAGCGCAAGCAGAGGGAAAGCCUUGGCAGUGCAGCCUUGGAGCAGAAGGUUGCCAAUGGCAUCUGUGCCUUAGACAGCACCCCAGUGACAGCACACACAUGGGACAGCCAGGAUGGAGAUGGUCACAGGCACUGGCCAGCUACCCAGAGCCCUGAGCCUGGCCGUGGGGCUGGCACAGCAUCCGGGAGUGUGGUGGAGGAGCUGCUAAGGAACUCCUUGGACAAGGCAUAUGGCAAACAAGUUCUGACCUGGGAAGGUGAGAUCUCAGCUGUCAGCCAGGAUGCCAUUCGGGAUGCAACCUGGGCCCGUAGCGAGACUGUCAUCGACGAGUGGGACGAGGAGUUUGACAGAGGGAAGGUAAAGAAGGUGAAACUGAAGCGAGAGCGGAGGAGACAUUUCAAUCCGUUCCAGCAGCUGCAGAGCAAGCGCAACUUCUGGUCCAUGACGCAUCCUGCCAAGGUGGCUGGCCUGAGCCACCGGCUCUGAGGUCGAGAUCUGCCUCCCCAGUCAGCGCAUUGAGCAGUCCCAGGUGAAGGAUGGUUGGGGAAGCAAUGGCUGGGAGGUAGUCAUGGACCUUGCUGUGUAGGGGACAUCAAUUCCACGUGUCUCCAGGGCUCUGGCCCUGAGGAUCAUGCUGUGCUUGGUGUCUCUGUGCCCUCCUUUCUUGGAGCUGCUGUCCUUGAGGGCCCUGGGGUCCUGAUCGGCUGGGACUAUCUUCCUCUGCUUCUCAGCCAACCUGCCUUGUCCAGGAUCCCCUGCCAGCUCCUCUAUACCUCUGCCUAAGGCUGGAGUAGUCCCUUCUCCCACCCAGCCUCGAGUUUAAGGGGGGACUUCUGGAAAGUGCCUGCGGAUCGUCCUUUCUGCUCUGGGUCUAUGUGCAACUCCCUGGCUCCAUACUGGGAGGGGGAUACCAGCCCCCCCUGCAGCACUGGGAACACGGGGGCUGGUGUCCCCAUCUCUUGAGUACGGCUCAGGGCUCUCCUCAUCUCGGACCCCACCUGCACCCUUCCCUGCUGCCUUCCCACCCCCACCAACUGCCCCCGUGCGAGUCGAAGUGACUCCAUUGCCCCCCCUCCGGGUAGGGCCCCGCUCUCGCCCGGCCCGCGCUGGUCGCGGGAGGUGGUGGCGAGUCCCGCAGGGACGGGGCGAUGUCGCCGGCACCGCGAGCAAUAAACUCGUGGUGUUCGAGAUGA